UGCCGCUCAUUGCGCCCGCAGUGGCUGCUGCUGGCGCUGGCGCUGGCGCUGCCCCCCGAGCGCCCCCAGGCGGGGGAGCCCCGCAAGGUCCAGAUCGGGGUGAGGCGGCGGCCGGAGCGCUGCGGGGAGAGAUCGCGGCGGGGAGACGUGCUCACCCUGCACUACUCGGUAUGGUUAUACUGGUUAUACUGGUUAUACUGGUUACACUGGGAGCGGGGAGACGUGCUCACCCUGCACUACUCGGGCUGGGACCAGGGGCUGCUGGGGAUGUGCGAGGGGGAGAAGAGGAAGCUCGUGAUCCCCCCGGAGCUGGGUUACGGCGACCGAGGGGCCCCCCCAAAAAUCCCAGGUGAGCCCUGGGGGGACCCCAAAAAUUGA